AUGUCACGGCGACCGGUAAUACGAGUCAUCGGCUCUCUGAACAUCGACUUCGUCACGCGAACCCCACGUGUCCCUGGACCUGGAGAAACACUGACGGCGACGUCCAUGACAGUUCACCCGGGCGGCAAAGGGUCAAAUCAAGCGGUCGCAUGUGGGAAAGCAGCAUUCAUUUCGCCGUCCUCGCAAGAUGUCGUGGUCGAAAUGAUUGGCGCAGUCGGUGCUAAUGAUCCCUACUACGCCUCGCUCCUGAAACCUACGUUAGAGAAGAGCGGUGUGAGCACGGCUGGCGUCGAGGAGAUGGAAGGGGUUCAGACGGGGACGGCGACCAUCAUUGUCGACGAGGGCUCCAACGGCGAAAACAGGAUUCUCGUGGUUCCGGGAGCCAACGCGCAGGUACGUGACGUGGAUAAGGUCUUCCAGACGGCGACAAAGGGUGGCGACCCGGACGUGGUGGUCAUGCAGGGCGAAAUCCCUCGCUCAACCGUGCUGGGACUCUUGGAGAGGUUCAAUUCAACAGACUGCAAGACAUGUGUCAUUUUCAACCCUGCGCCCAUGUUCCCGGAGGGAGUCCCGCUGGAUGCGCUCAAGGGCCUGGCCGUGCUGGUGGUCAACGAGACAGAGUGCCGGCAGCUCUUUGCAUCGGUGGAGGAGCUGAAGACCGUUCGAGUUUCCGGACCGGACGAGCUCAUGACCGAGGGGGAGCUCGACCGACUGACGAGCUACCUCCACGGCACGGCGAAAAUACCCAUCGUGGUGGUAACGCUCGGGUCACAGGGGGUGUACUAUUCAUUCGAGGCGCCCGACUUACUUGACCGAGAUCUGCUACCGGCCUUGAAAGUCGACCGAGUCGUCGACACGACGGGAGCCGGCGACACGUUUGUGGGAUACUUUGCCACGGCGGUGGCGCGGCAUCUCGCGCAAGCCAUUCAACUGGAUGACCUCAACGUUCGUGAGGCCGUCACGAGGGCGAACGAGGCUGCGGCGAAGUGUGUGCAGAGAAGUGGCGCGAUGGACAGCAUUCCCUUUGGGUACGAGUAG